AUCAUACUCUCUACCCACCUUUAAAUUAAAAACCUUCAUUAAUGGACCAACAUUCAACACUCCCCACUACUAUCAAUUCUUCUGCUCCAGCUGCAUCAUCAUCGACUACUUCAACGGCGUCGUAUAGGGGUGUAAGGAAGCGAAAAUGGGGUAAGUGGGUGUCCGAAAUCCGUGAACCAGGGAAAAAGACCAGAAUAUGGCUGGGGAGCUACGAGACCCAGGAAAUGGCGGCUGCGGCUUAUGAUGUGGCGGCGCUGCACUUGAGAGGCAGGAGUGCGCGCCUCAACUUCCCGGAGCUGGCAGAGAGCCUCCCUAGGCCGGCCAGUUCAAGAGCUGAGGAUGUUCAAGCGGCGGCGCAGGAGGCAGCAUUGAGGUUUAGGAGGCCUGUGGUGAGUAGUAGUAGUGAGGAACCGUUGGUUAACGGUGGAGGUGGUGGAGGGUUGCGUCCGGUUAGGGUAGGGCUGUCGCCGAGCCAGAUAAAGGCCAUAAAUGAGUCUCCAUUGGACUCGCCGACCAUGUGGACGGACUUGGCUGGGGCUCUUUUGCUUGGUGAGCCGCCGGGGAUGGUGGUGUGGGCUGAUGAUGAUUUUGAGGAUACUGAAUUGCAUCUAGAAUCAAUUUGGGAUUAUUAGACAUCAAGAAGAUUACUCCAUAAUUAUAACCCUAAUUCCUUAUUAAUUUGUUAAUUAAAAAUAUAUAUUACUAGGUAAUAUUGGUUAAGGGAGAUUAAUUUGCGAAAGAUUGUGAUUUUUGUGACACAAUUUUUUGGUGAAUGAAGCACUAUUUUUUUUUUCUUCUUUUUUUUGGGUUGAAAGAAGGAGAAAGUGAGAUUCGAAUAUAAUAAUGUGGAAGAAAGAAAAUAUGUAUCUAGCUAUGCAUGUACUUUACAGGGUCCAUUGUUUUGCAAAUUGGAUCUCAAGAGAUUCGAUUGGAGGAGAGUUAUUUAAUGUAAGGUGGUAGUCAUUUCUUUA